GGAUCUCCUCUCUUCAUUGAAACCCUCAAUCCCGUCAAAACUAGAGGGAUGUGGAGAGUCCGGAAAAAGGGCUACUUUGGGAUUUGGUCAUUCCCCUUAAUAGUCGCUGUCGUCUGUGCGCAGAGUGUCAAUGACCCUAGUAAUAUGUCGCUGGUUAAAGAGACGGUGGAUAGACUCCUGAAAGGCUAUGACAUUCGUCUGAGGCCAGAUUUUGGAGGUCCCCCCGUGGCCGUGGGAAUGAACAUUGACAUCGCCAGCAUCGAUAUGGUUUCCGAAGUCAAUAUGGAUUAUACCUUGACAAUGUACUUUCAGCAAGCCUGGAGAGAUAAGAGGCUGUCCUAUAAUGUAAUACCUUUAAACCUAACUCUGGACAAUAGAGUGGCAGACCAGCUCUGGGUGCCCGAUACCUACUUCCUGAACGAUAAGAAGUCAUUUGUGCAUGGAGUGACUGUCAAGAAUCGCAUGAUCCGUCUGCACCCUGACGGGACGGUGCUCUAUGGUCUCAGAAUCACAACCACAGCUGCCUGCAUGAUGGACCUCAGGCGGUACCCAUUGGAUGAACAAAACUGCACCCUGGAAAUUGAAAGCUAUGGAUAUACAACCGAUGACAUUGAGUUUUACUGGCGUGGAGACGAUAACGCAGUAACAGGAGUGACAAAGAUUGAACUACCACAGUUCUCUAUCGUAGAUUACAAACUUAUCACCAAGAAGGUGGUGUUUUCCACAGGUUCCUAUCCCAGGUUGUCCCUCAGCUUUAAACUGAAGAGAAACAUUGGUUACUUUAUCCUGCAAACGUACAUGCCCUCCAUCCUGAUCACCAUUCUGUCCUGGGUCUCCUUCUGGAUUAAUUAUGAUGCUUCUGCUGCAAGAGUGGCAUUAGGAAUCACAACUGUCCUCACAAUGACCACGAUCAACACCCACCUCCGGGAAACUCUCCCUAAAAUUCCCUAUGUGAAGGCCAUUGACAUGUACCUGAUGGGGUGCUUUGUCUUCGUUUUCAUGGCCCUUCUGGAGUAUGCUCUCGUCAACUACAUCUUCUUUGGGAGGGGACCCCAACGCCAAAAGAAGGCAGCUGAGAAGGCCGCUAGUGCCAACAAUGAGAAGAUGCGUCUGGAUGUAAACAAGAUGGAUCCCCAUGAGAACAUCUUACUGAGUACCCUUGAGAUAAAGAAUGAAAUGGCCACGUCUGAGGCGGUGAUGGGACUUGGAGACCCGAGGAGCACAAUGCUGGCCUAUGACGCCUCCAGCAUCCAGUACCGGAAACCCGGGCUGCCCAGGCAUAGCUUUGGCCGAAACGCCCUGGAACGACAUGUGGCACAAAAGAAAAGCCGCCUGCGGAGACGUGCUUCCCAACUGAAAAUCACCAUCCCCGACUUGACUGAUGUGAAUGCCAUAGAUCGGUGGUCCCGCAUUUUCUUCCCAGUGGUUUUUUCCUUCUUCAACAUUGUCUAUUGGCUUUACUAUGUGAACUAAAAUACGGCAUCCUGCAAGAAGCAAGGACUUGAUUCCUCCUCAAACCCGUUGUACAGCCUGACGUAGGACUGGGAAAACACAUCAAUUGAGGACAAAAGUGAUGCUAAAAUACCUUAGUUGCUGGCCUAUCCUGUGGUCCAUUUCAUGCCAUUUGGGUUGCUUCUUCUGAGUACUGAAUACACCAAGGUUCCUUAUGGUUUUCCAGUUAAAAUGAAAGUGACUUGUACGCAUGUGGGCAAGAUUAAUGCUGAGAGUUCUGCUUUAUCUGCAUAGGAUUCAACCUACACGUGAGGGCAGUUAUUCAGAAGCAACUUGGAACACGAUGGAGUCCUGCUGUCCCUCCAUUCCAGCUAUCAGAGAACAAAAAGAAAUGGCUUAUCUCCAGCUUUCUGAGUUUUCCCCAAGGUGGGAUGGUCAUUUUUUCACCAGCAUCGGGAACUCUGGCCUUUAUUGUUUGGUUAAACACUUGAACACCUCUGAGUUUGACCUUGAGGUAGAAUUUGAACAAAGUUCUGCCAAUAGACUCAGAGUAGAGAUUCCUCAAGUUUCUCCAGGGACACACUUUCUCCUAGGCAAUGAUUUUGGGGCAUCCCAGUAAUAAUAUUGCCUGCCCCUUGUUGCCAGGGGUUAAAGCUUGAGUAGAUAUUAUCAGGAGAGAGCAUAUUGAUAACUCAGGUGCACAACUACAAAUGCCAUUCCAGAAAGGUUUUUCUAGAGACAACUCAGAGCCCAAGUCUGGAAGUGGGCUCUUAUUUGCAAUUAUUGUAAAAGCCAUAAAAAUCCUUGAUAUUGUCAUCUAUAGUUACAACAAAAUUUUGAACAUCCAGGGAAGACAACAGACUGACCUAGAUCAAAGUGGAGAGAAAUAACUUCAUAGCAUGAGCCUCAAAAGCCUAUGAACAGGAAUUCAUUUCUGCUGCCGAUAAUAAGAAGACACUAGGAAAAGUAGAAAAGAUCGGGACUUUGAAACAAAUGCCCUAGAACAGAAACCAUAUAUUGGUAUCCAAUAACCAUGUAGAUAGAAACAAAUGACUCAUCCUGCUUAGAGAAAACAGUUGAUGUGGAAUUUAUUCUUCAACUAUACUUUUACUCUAACUGAACUGGAAUGCAGUCGUCAAAUGAAAGGAUGUGUGUGUGUGCACUAGGUCUGGUAAGUCUACAAAGACCAAUUAGCUUGACAUCCAGUGAUUAAAGAAAAGGACCACAAAGGUGUGUCUUGGCAAUCCUGAUAUUGUGUUACUAUCAGUUUAUACAUAUAUGUAUAGAUUUUUCUUUUGAGUAUAAAACAGCUAGAUAGCCAGCAAUUAAGGUGUUUUCUCAUCUUUAUGAAAUUAAUUGGCAAAUUCUGACUCUAAACUGCACAGUCGAUAUGAAAACUUUGAUCUCAAUCUGUAUAUAUAUAUAUUGUACAUGACUGCUAGUAGGUAUGAAAUGCAUUUUCAGAAUUGAAAACUCAUGCAACAUAAUCAUGUGUUUGCAUAAGGAAUGUUACAAUUCUUUCUAUUGCAAUUUAAUAACAGGGGAAAAGACUCAAGCAGUGCCAUCUAGACCUUUUCUCUUCUCAUUUCUUAAAACGCAGUGCUAAGUAAAAAAAUAAAAAUGGUUUAUGAACCAAAAGAUGUUACAUUCUAGCAUUAGGAACAAAAAAAAAUUCUGUCAGCUUACAAAAGCACAACACAUAGAGAAAGUGCAGUGGAAUGUAAUAGGGAAAUGAAUCAUGCUUCUUUUAAGCAAGACCUGUAUUAAAUUGGCAACUAAGACAAUUUUCAUUUUUUAUAGGUAACUGUAUUCCAGUUUUAUGAUUAACUUCAUAUUCAACAACAAAACUGCAAAACAGCACCAACAAAAGCAGGUCUUACAAUAAUAUAUUACAUGUAUAUAUGUGUAUAUAUAGAUCCAUAUAAACGUACAUACAUAUGUAUGCAUUCCUAUGUUGGAAAAGAAGAGGAAUAAGCCAAUAUGUUCUGUUUCUUUCAUUAAGCCAGCAUAUGAAUGUUUUUAAUUUGACAACCAACAAAUCGACAUAUUGAAACAAGUAAUACAGGGUACUGAACAUUUCUCAAUCAGCAAAUCAAUGCCUACCGUUCUUAUGAACCAUUGCACAGUUUGACACUACAAUAGUACUGUACCUCGGAACAUCGAGAAUUAACUAGUUCUCACGUUGCUUGUCUAAUUGCUUUCUUUUUAAAGGAAGCAAAUAGCACUGUCCAUUGGUGAUUUUAAUACAAAAAUGUCUUAAGAAAACAACAACAAAAAAAUGAUUUUAAAACAUCCUCCUAGGAGGAGAAAAAAAAAAAAAAAAAACAAGACUCUAAACCCCACCAUGUUGGUUAGGGAAAAAUACUCUCAACUGUAGCAAUUAUGCCAUUUUGCCAAGUGUACAGAGUACAUGUAAUGUGUGCAACCAUAACUUCCACUGAACGUGUGUAAAUAUUAAAUCAGAUUUCUUAAAUAUUUUUAACUUCUAAUUUGUAUUUUAUGGUAAGGCAAAGUGCUAAUUCUGCUUAUGGCUUAAGUUCAUGUGUUAUAAUAUUAUGUAAAUAAUUAAACAUGCUGUAAAUUAAUAGUCAAUAGAUGCAAAUAAUUGUCUAGUUUUUUCUUAAUUUUUAUUUAUUUUUUACUAAGUACAAUUACUGCAGUACUCCAGCAGAGUAAUUUAAACACCCUUUUGCAUAAAUGUUAGGAUCCCAGGCAGAAGUUUCAACUUGCCAACACACACACACACUCACACACACACAUUCACACACACACAAACUCACACACUCGCCCGCUCACUCACCCCCACUUUCUGCCCCUCUAUUGGAAAUGCUGUAGUGUUUAUCUAGUCAAUGUAACAAAUAACAAUGAAGAGAUAACCUUAGAAAUGGCUAAUAAGAAAACCAGAAAUGAUCAUUGAUAGCUUAAUAGAAUCUUUUAUAUGUCAGGGUUCAAGAAACCAAAGGUUGUAACUCAGAUCUAAAUCUUCAAAGAGUAAAGGUUUAAUUGAUGGCACUAUAGGAAAUAAGAAAUGUUUAUUCAUACCUGCUCUGGAAAUUUGUUACACACAAUACAUAAUAGUAUACAUUUUUUUAAAUAAUGGCCUUUCGUCCUUAGAUAGUAUUGUUCCCUUAAACCAAAGACUCCAGAAUUAUUAAAAAACAGAAACAGGAAGGAAAAAGGGGAAAAGUGGAAAAAAAAAAAAAAAAAAAAGACAUUGCUUCACACCAAAGGUUUAAAAAAUAUUUUUCCAAAUGUA